GUGGGCAGGAGUGGUAGGGGUGAGAUGAGGGGGUUUAGAGGUUCUAAGGAGUCGGAGAAUGACUAUCAGAUGGAAAAUGUUUUGAGAAUGCAGAGGAAAGAGAGGGCUGUUAAUUUGGAUAGCUCUUCAACUAGGAAACCGUUUUUGACUAAAAGUUCAUACAAAAUAUAUGGAAAUUUGCUCUCUAAAAUAGCCAGUUCAGGUAGACUUAAUAAGACUCCGUAUUCUCGAACUAGAAAUGCUGUAUCUAAAACACAUCAAAGCUUUGAAGAACUACAGAGAUAUAGCCAAGAGAAGUUUGAAUUCUUAUAAAUAGGAGGAAAAAGUCUCUUAAAUUCGGCAUGAACUCUGACCGAUACAAUAGCCCUGCUGUCAGAAAUAUGGCAAAUAGUAGCUUUGAGAUUUACAACAGUGUUCAUCGGAAAAACAAAAGAGCUUCGCAAAGGCAUUUUCGGAGACUUCCUAAAGGGAUUGAGAGAACUUAUGAGUCAAAUUCCAAUAUCAAGAUUAUUGAUAAAGACGGUAAUGAGUCGAAUCAGAUGGCUACUACAGCCACUACUGGUCAUGAAAAUGAUAAGAAGAUGAUCAAAAAGCUUAAGAAAGAGUAUUUUGUUAUCAACAGAAAAUUAAAAAAAAUUAAUUCUCAACUUAAUGCGAUAAUUGCUCAGCAUGGAGCUGGAGACUCUUCUCCUGACGCUCAGAACACCUCUCUCCAACAGACUGAUCCUGAAUAUUUAGAAGCCGUUCUGGAUGCACAAUUCCUUAAUGCUGUUAAGCAGAAGGAAGUUUGUGAUAAGGAGCAUCAGCGCCUCACAGAACUUACGAAUUAAAUUGGCUAAAUUCGUUGAAUCACGGGAUAAAAAUAUGAAACUUGACGCUCAAAUAUAGAUCAGCAGAAAUAUCUCCAAAAAGAGCUUAAAAGUAAAAUCUACAUGAAUAAUAAGCUUCUUUCAGAACUCACUAAAGAUCCAGAAUCUAAGAAAAGGCAAUAUCAUAAUUUACAAGCCCAACUCAGUGUUUGAAAGGAAGCAUUGGAGGCGACUAAAGCUCCAAAGACUUCUGUAGAAUAUAUCUCUAAAGUUUCGCUGCCAACCUCACUAAUCGAGGAAUCUUCUUUACAGAAUAAGCAGAUGGAGCUUCUUAAAGAAAAGUUCGAAUUAGCUCGGGCUAAAUUAAAUACAAAAAAUUUUCAAAAAGAGGCUUCAUCAAAUAGGUAUCAAACCCCACUCACGAACCCAAAUUUGGUAGAUAAAUGACCUAUUCAUCCAAGCUCUGUUUCAAAACUGCUGAAAUAACAUUGUGUCUACAAAUAAGCCGAAACUAUAUUCCUUGAAGGCAAAAGUAGCCAAAAUUGAGAAAGAAGUGAAAGAAGCAGAGGAGAAAUAUGAAAACCUUUGUGUAAAAUUGGUCAAGAGAAGGAAGGUAUUCAACAUGUAUCAAGCAUAUGUUACGACAAAUAUCUUUUCAAAAACUUCAAAUCAGAGCUAAUAAAACUGAAUUAAUUAAAAUCAAAAUUUCAACA